GGAGCCGCCGCUGCCUCCCGGGGCCGAAUCAAUAUUGAUCCCGCGCCUGGGGCCGGGUGGCCCCGCGGCGGCCUCCGAAGUGCCUUAGCUCCAGCGGUUGCCAUGGCAACGACACCCCAAGCGUCUUCAGGCAGCGCACGACGAAUCGAUGCAAGCCAAACGAUGACCAGUUGUGGCCAGCAGCCCCUGAACGUGCUUGCCGUCCUCUCGUUGCUGAUUUCCGCAGUCUUGUCCGCGCAUUUCCGGGUCUGUGAGCCAUACACGGACCACAAAGGCCGCUAUCACUUUGGCUUCCACUGCCCCCGGCUCUCGGACAACAAAACCUUCAUCCUCUGCUGUCACCAUAACAACACGGUUUUCAAAUACUGCUGCAACGAGACAGAGUUCCAGGCGGUGAUGCAGGCGAACCUCACGACCGGCUCCGAGGGCUACAUGCACAACAACUACACCGCCUUGUUGGGAGUGUGGAUCUAUGGCUUUUUCGUGCUGAUGCUGCUGGUCCUGGAUCUUUUGUAUUACUCGGCAAUGAACUACGACAUUUGCAAGGUUUACCUGGCACGGUGGGGCAUCCAUGGACGGUGGAUGAAACAGGACCCCAGGCGGUGGGGGAACCCUGCCCGGGCACCCCGGCCAGGGCAGCCGGCGCUGCAGUCCCAGCCUCCGCCGGGUCCCCUGCCUCAAGCCCCCCAGGCCGCACACACGCUGCAGAGAGAGAGCCACAGCCCGCCGCUGAUGAGCUUCCAGGGUUCGUCUGCCUGAAAACCCUUUUGCCGUGCCUCAGGAUGGGGGAGGUGAGACCCAAGGCACCUGGCUCAGCCUCCGAGAAGUACCACUUCAAGACGUCAGGGAGAGCCAAGACGGCCACGGCGGUGGCAGAGGAGAAAACGCUGCCUGUGCCCGAACCCUUCCUCGGACUUCUAACACUAUGAGCAAACUCAGGGGUGGGGGCCGGGUGCAGGGAGGGGCUUCUGAGCCACCCGUCCGCAAGCAAUAGUCCCAUUUUGGGCCGGUGGCUUUUGAGAGGUGGCGCCAUGGUGGACUCAGGAUGACCGACACAGCUGCCCUGGCCGAGUGAAGCCGGGAGGAUUCAGGCCAUGUGUCGUACCCGUGCGUGGUUCCCUUGCCCCCUCCAGUAGUGGCCUGUGGGCCUAUCUGUGUCAGAAUAUUGAAUGUGAGUGUGUGUGCGUGCGUGUGCGUGUGUGUGUGAUCAGGGGUAUCCUUUUUGUUUGUUUGAUUGGUUUUAUUGGGGUCCCCCCAAGUUCUCUGAUGGGCCUGAGUCACCUUGUGCUGGGGGUCUGGCCCAGCAUCCGGGCUCCAGCUUCUUGCUGCAGCUGUGAGCCAGAUGGAGUUGGUAAGCACAGGGCACAGCCCCACUGUGUCUCAGGGGGUGCUGGGGAUGCGAAAUGCCGGUGGGGUUUCGUUCUUAUGGAAUUUGUUCCCAUAAUGACAGUGAUAAUGAGAGACGCAUCUCAGGCCAUCCUCGGGGCAGGCACUAGAUUAUCUUCACGUACGCCCUCUCUCAUCACCUGGGAGGUGGGUGGGAUGAACUCCCUGCAGAAAUGGCCCAUGUCUCACAGCCAGGAGGAGACCAGUCCUCGGUUUGACCUCAGAGGUAUAAGAACCCAAAGUCUAAGCUCCCCAGCCCAGGGUACCCCCAACACAGUCCCUGGAGCAUCUCCCCAGUGGCUUCUCAGUGGAUGAGCCAUCACCCAAGCUCUCCACCGUCGCUGCCCCAGGACCCUGCUACACACGACACAUUCUGGUUAAGCACUUACUGUCUGCCAGUCCUCUGCUGGGCGGCGAUCGGGAAGGGAGAUGAGUCAGGCUGGCCUCGUCCCUGCCCUGGGGGAGCCGCAUCUGGUGGGAGAGCCAGACACACAGAUCAUUGCUGGACAGAGUGAUGAGCACUAUGGAAGUGCAGAGGGGAAGGUUCUAGAAGCCCUUCCCAUUUAAGGCGGGACUUCCACACAAACUUGGAUGCCCGUAACAUCUGUCCACAGAGCUCACCACCACCACCACCCACCCCGCCAGCCCGGGGGCACACACACGGCAGGGCAUGACCUAGGAAAUGAUCACAUAAAUCCCCGAGGGCCAAGGUGGCAGUGUAGACACCCUCAUUCCCCUGGUGUUAGUGAAGCCAAAAUCUCCCCCCAGCGCCCAGCUGGGUGGGCCCGGCUCCUCUGCUCGCAUACCCUCACUCAGCAGGACCCAGUGUCUUCCACAGGCCCUCUGCCCAUCAGACGUGGCAGUGAGCAGGCAGGCCCCUGCUCGUGGUGCUGGUGUCCUAGCUGGGGGAGAGGACAGGGAAAAAAUAAGCAGUGAAUAAGGAAGGUAGCAAUAGCAGUGAGCCCUAAGCCGAGAAUUUGGUCAAAACAAUGUUCGUGAGGGUCCUGUUGAGCUUGGGUGGUCUGGGAAGGGCUUUCUGAGCAGGCUAAGCCCAGCUCUGAAUGAUAAGCAAGAGCCAACCAUGGACAUUAAAGAUAAGAGAGCAUUCCAGGCAGAAGGAACAGCUAGUGCAAAGGCCCUGAGGCAGCAGCCAGCUUGAUGCUUUCAAGGAACCCAAAGAAAUCCAGGUUGGCUGGGACACAGAGGAAGGGUGGAAAGAGAGGUGGGUGAGAGCCCAGAUGCUGUGGUCAGCUGUGAGUCACCUUAGCCUGGAAAAACAUAACACCCGUCCUUUGAUAAAGCAGAAAGAAGUUUCUAGGGUGUCAAGCAUUUUCCAGCCAGCCUGGCCUUUCAUCCUCUCAAAGCCCAUAAAAAGGGACUCUCCCCAUUUCGUGGACCAGGAUGCUGAGCCUCAGGUGGGUCAGGCGGCUUGCCCAAGGUCACACAGGCAAGCUGAGGAAGACCCGGACCUAUGGCUUGAGUCCCGUCUUCUCCAGGGCCCAGGUGUACAGCUUUGGCAGAGGCAAUGUCAGAGAACCUUUGCUUGGGGUCUUGAUUAGGGAUAGGCGUGGCUUCCUUUACCCUGGACGCUGAGACAUGCCAGGACCUGCCCCUGGGCCUUGCAGAGCAGCAGUUGCCCUGGAGGCGUGCUCAGCAGCCAUUCAGCCCAGCUGGAUCAGCACACACCUGCAUCCCAUGUGCAUAGCCUCGGGGAUCAGAGAUCAGCACACACCUGCAUCCCAUGUGCGUAGCCUCGGGGAUCAGAGAUCAGCACACACCUGCAUCCCAUGUGCGUAGCCUCGGGGAUCAGAGAUCAGCACACACCUGCAUCCCAUGUGCAUAGCCUCGGGGAUCAGAGAUCAGCACACACCUGCAUCCCAUGUGCGUAGCCUCGGGGAUCAGAGAUCAGCACACACCUGCAUCCCAUGUGCGUAGCCUCGGGGAUCAGAGAUCAGCACACACCUGCAUCCCAUGUGCGUAGCCUCGGGGAUCAGAGAUCAGCACACACCUGCAUCCCAUGUGCGUAGCCUCGGGGAUCAGAGAUCAGCACACACCUGCAUCCCAUGUGCGUAGCCUCGGGGAUCAGAGAUCAGCACACACCUGCAUCCCAUGUGCGUAGCCUCGGGGAUCAGAGAUCAGCACACACCUGCAUCCCAUGUGCGUAGCCUCGGGGAUCAGAGAUCAGCACACACCUGCAUCCCAUGUGCGUAGCCUCGGGGAUCAGAGAUCAGCACACACCUGCAUCCCAUGUGCGUAGCCUCGGGGAUCAGAGAUCAGCACACACCUGCAUCCCAUGUGCGUAGCCUCGGGGAUCAGAGAUCAGCACACACCUGCAUCCCAUGUGCGUAGCCUCGGGGAUCAGAGAUCAGCACACACCUGCAUCCCAUGUGCGUAGCCUCGGGGAUCAGAGAUCAGCACACACCUGCAUCCCAUGUGCGUAGCCUCGGGGAUCAGAGAAACCUGAGCCUUGGGGAGAGGCGUGUGGGCACAGAGCCAGAUUCUGACGUCAGCUCUGCACUGAGACCAGUGUGACCUCAGGCAAGUCCUGCACCUUCUCUGCCUUCACUAAAAGGAAGGGCUCAGACCAGGUCUUUUUAGGGGGCUUGCAUCUCUGGCUUCCUGAAGUUCUGGGUGCUGCUCAUGCAGCUGUUCUUACGGAGACGCUUCCUCUGCCGAGAAGGAGCUGGUGGCCUUGCCUCUCUGCCCCGAACACUAGAGCCAGAGGUCACUGUCACAGAGGCCAGCAAGGGCUAGGGUUCCCCUGAUCUGCAUCCCUGGGCUUGAGAACUUGCAAGGCGCUGCUCCUGACUCCACCAGAGGUCUUUCCAGGAGGGACUGACGACCCCGUGGAGGUUGACUGUUGCAGCCGGGCUGGGGAUCAGAAUCCUCUGUUGUAUGCAGGCGGCCCCUCAUCGUGAAGCUCAGCAGACAUCACAGACUUAGCAAACUGACACAGGGCAGCCUGGGAUGCAGGGGACGGAGUGCAGAGACCCACAGCACUCGCUGCCCCUUCCCCGCUGGGUGGUAUUGGGCAAAUCGCUUCACCUCUCUGAGCCUCACCUGUCAGGUGUGUGGGCUGUUGGCGUGGGACGGAGUGGCUGAGGGGAGAGGGCAGCGUGCGUGGGUGUGAAUGCCCAUCUGAAAGGCACACGUGUGCGGUUCAUUCCCUCUCGAUGUCAAGGGCUCCUCAAAGCCCCUGGGACAUGGGCCAUCCCGACAAAAACCUGCCCCAUACCUACCAUGGCAGGCAGACGUGCCAAUGAGUAGAGUGUCCCUGAGAAUAAGAUGCAGGGUAGUGACACGUUCAAGUAGAGAUUUACAGAGUUAGUGUUUUUUAGUGACUCCCUAACCUGAUUUUUCGAGCUGCCUAGUUUUACUUUUUACUGUGAGCUUCUGGCUAUAACCACAUAAUUUGUAAAAAUAACAAUAAUAAUACUACGAAAAGAAAAACAAAAAGAAGAGAAAGAAGAUGGCAAUAUGUCUGCUGAGGAACUUGUCUUUGACUCCCUGUAUUUGUAAGGACUUUUUCCCACUGGGAACUGUGUGUUAUAACGAGCAGUUUUAUGCUUUCCUUCUCAUCUGUGUAUAGCGUAAUUGUGCGUUUUGGAAUCUCUACGCAGAACCAAUACCUGGUAGCACCCGUGGGCCUCUCUGCCCCCACCUGAACCUCUGAGAUCCCCCUGCACCUCAAGGAGCAGCCCGCUAGCGCAGAAGGGCCUGGGGCCGCCAGCUGCCAGCCCGACAUCUGACGCUGACCGGGACCAAUAGGAAACAGGCCUUAACUGAAAGCACACGCAUGCACACACACACACACACACAUGCACACAUGUGAUUCUGCAGGUAGAUCCCGUCUCUCUGAUAAGCCCGGCUCUGAUGCUUUAGAGAAAUAGCAGGUAGGCAGCUAGCAUUCCUGGAGUGGUGGCAUUUCCCCUCUUCAUCCAAAAAACCCUUCAGGCAAAUUCAUCCCCAGGACUAGAAAGGAGGACUUGGGGGCAUCAGGGAAAACACAGCCAGGAAUGGGGGUUAACAGGCUUCUGCUACCAAGAGAUGCUUCUCAGCUCACCGUCAAAUCAAAGGUCCCUUUAGGCCAUUCCUGUCACAUCGAGCCUGGCACCGUCUCCCAUGCACCCAGCAGACCCCCCAGACCCCUGUCCACACCAGGCCGGUGUCCUGGCCCUCUGCUGUCCCUCCAGACCACGGUCCCUGCCCAGGCCCCGUCUCCUGGCUCCUCUGACACCCCAUUUACUGUGUCUACUACUAGAGGUCGUGCCGUAAAAGAAGAUUAGUUUCCCAGAGUCACAGACUUUUUAAAAAUUGUUUAUUGAUUUAUUUUCAUUUUUUCAGCUUGACUGAUUGGUCCCCACCAAUGGGAGGAGCCAUGCCUUAGGUGGCCCUCAGAGGUGAAUGUGCAGAUUCCGCAGCGAUCCAAGUUGACGUGAUGGCCCCGAGAGGAGUUGCUGGGGGCAUUUCAUUGCAGACACGUCCGGGUGGGCCCCCCUCUCUGCGGCAACCUUGGGGGAUUCUUAUCUUACUGCUCACCUGGCGAGCAUAGACAGCGUCUACCUGUCCCCACAGGCCAUCUGAAAGGUCAGCGGGGCAACCACCCACCCAGUGAGUGGGUGACACUCUGGUCACUGCCACCUGCAGCCCCAGAACUCACCACCAGGCUGGGGUGAUGUCCUGUCCCCUCCAGAAAACAAACACGGCACACCCUCCGUCUGACCAAUGCCACGCCAGGCUCCCCAGCCCUUCCUUACAGCACAAAUGCAGCCCCAGAUGGUGAUUAAGUGAAUGUAUGCAGCUUUGGAGCCCGUGGCCUGAAAACUUGAAUGUUGAGUUGAGCAGUCAGGUGAGAUAGAAGAUUCUAGAAAUUCCAUUUGUUCAUGCAUGCAUUCAUUCAUCUAUUCAACAAAUAUUUACCCAGUGCCCCUCCGGGAGCUGUUCCUGCUGUAGACAGAGAUGUCAGGGAACAUGCCGUGUCUGAGGGAGAGGCUGGGAUCACCUGUGAAAUGACUUGUUGUGCCUAACGGUUAGGAAUGCUCAAAUUCAUAAGGAGAAUAAGUGACCUUGGAGGUGGCAUUGUCUCCCCCCUGCCCCGCCCCCAAGUUUUUAGUCCAAGAUGCUGCCAGACAGUUGGUGCUAGAUAGAUGCUUGAUGAGUGAGCAGCUUUGGCUAUUAGUUACACUCUACCUAAAACUCCUAUCUUCACGUCAAAACCCUGACCUGUUUGCCCUUGACAGACUAAAAUUCAGGGCUGCUGCAGUGCCCACCUCCAGGGGGCACCGUUUCUAUAGACUGUGCUGUGAACAGUGACCCCAGGGAUGGUGCAGUGAGGUGCCCUGUGAAUUGCCCUAAACUGCUCUCCGAAAUGUGCAGGAUCCCAUCAAAGUCAGCGAACCCCAGGAAGGGUCACCGUGCACAUGAUCAAAACUUACAGAUUACACGGCCUCUGUGGGCAUCCAGUGUGGCCACAACUGGAACCAAAUUGGUGUCCCCAAGAGAAUCUCUUCUUAGAAACUCACCUCAAGUUCUCACCUCAGUUCCUUCCUGUCUCUUCCCCAUCUUCUAGGUUAAAGCUAGUGGGAUACGUCACUGUCAAAUAACCAAACAGUCAGGGUCUGGGUGAUGGGCAAUAACUAAGUGGGGACAGCGAGAGUGGGGGGCUUUGUCACCCUGACAAGGUAGCACCUCCCCCCAAGUUCGGAUCAGCCGGACAAGGGCGCAGACACCAUGGGACAGACUUGUCUUUCUCCUGUAAACCCUACUUCACGUGAGCAGGCGUGGGGUCUCUCUGAGAGCUGAUAACCGGGAAAACCAAAAACCAAUAAUAUUCCUAAUAAUAAUAAUAUAAUGUAAUAAUAAUAAUGUGUUUUACACGGACUGCUGUUGCACUGCUUUUGUCUUUAUAUACAGUAGUUUUUAUAAAGAUGUCCUUAGGUUUUAAUAAAGGAGUGUCACGUCAA